CAGUUCGAAAAUAGGGGGUGUGUACAGAAAAUACACUGAAGGGGGUGUGUUUGAGGAAAAUAUACAUACACAUCCAUCUCGUCUCUCGUCUUUUCCCCUUGAAAUGGGGUCUUUGAGAGAUCUAUCUCAGAAGAAGCUGGGAUAUUUCAUUCACAAGUGUUCCAGUUACUCUACUACUUAUGUCCCAGAAAACAUCCAAGAAGACAAAUCCCACGAUCAGUCAUCACGAUGGUCAUCCAAUUCAAAUAAUCCUAUGCAGUAUUUGAUUUUAAAACUGCAAAAAGUAUCUAUUGUGAAAAACAUAACUUUUGGGAAAUAUGAAAAAACACAUGUUUGCAAUUUGAAGAAGUUCAAAGUGUAUGGAGGACUCCAUGAUGAAAACAUGAUAGAACUAUUAGAAAGUGGCUUGAAAAAUAACAGCACGCCAGAAACAUUUGAGCUGAGGCACGAAGUCGGUGGUCAGCCCCUUCCAUGCAGGUACAUUAAAAUCGUGCCUCUUCAGUCAUGGGGUCCCAGUUUCAACUUCAGUAUUUGGUUCGUAGAGCUCCACGGUAUUAGUGAUUGGAAUUUUGUCAAGCCGUGCAUUGAUUGGUUCAAUGUGUACCGUGAGCGUGAGGUUAUACGGCACUGCUUGAAGCAUUUUAGGCAGAUGAGGUAUACAAAUGCUUUGGAAGCCCUUGCCAAGGAAACUCAAGUGCAACUGGAAGACCCACACCUGACAAAGCUCCAUGAAAUACUUGUGGAGCUUGGGGAUUUCCAGGGGACAGAGGAUUUUAUGUCUGAGGCAGUCUCAUGUGGAAUGUUCAACAACUACAUUGGGCAGCAGGAGUAUAUUCCAGAGUGGAUCCUGAUGCAUGCACCACAACACCCCGAUGCAUUAAGCAGUGUCGAUGCUCCAGCCAAAGAAUUGCGGCCAGGGAUGAGAGGGGGUCAUCAGAUGUGCCUCGAUCCUACCAGUGAAACCAUAUACUUGUUUGGAGGUUGGGAUGGAAACCAAGAUCUGUGUGACAUGUGGGCAUACCACAUUCCGACACAACAGUGGAAACUAGUUUCCCCUAACACAUCAGUAGAGGGAGGACCAAGUGCUCGUUCAUGUCACAAGUUUUGUCUGGAUCCUGAGAGAAGACAGAUAUUUACCCUGGGACGAUAUCUUGAUGUUCAUUUUCGAUCUCCUCCCAACCUCAAAAGUGAUUUUUAUCUGUAUGAUAUUGAAAGCAACUCAUGGACUUUAAUAACAGAUGACACAGGUUCCAUGGGAGGCCCUCAGCUAAUUUAUGAUCAUCAAAUGUGCAUGGAUUCAGAGAGAAGAACCAUUUAUGUAUUUGGAGGACGUGUUUUAACUGCCACUAUUGGAGUGUCAGAAGAUCGAAACCCUGCAAAUGUCAUUAAUAGUCAAGAUCCAGUUUUCUCUGGACUAUAUUCUUAUCAUGUGCCAACAAACACCUGGAAAAUGCUAUGGGAUGAUUCAGCUCCUGGGGGACCUCGCAUCAAAUCACGAGUUGGACACUCCAUGCUUUUCCAUCCUGUGUGCCGCAAGCUGUUUAUAUUUGCUGGUCAGCGGGGUAAGGAAUAUCUUAAUGAUUUCUAUACACUAGAUGUUGAUACCCAAAUAGUUCAAGCCGUGUGUGACUGGGGAGUGUCUGGAGCUGGCGAUGGACCUGCAUCUGGUUUCACGCAAAGAGCAACAAUUGAUCCUGACCUAAAUGAAAUUUAUGUGCUCUCUGGAUUGAGCAAAGACAAGGAGAAAAGAGAAGAAAGUGUUCAGAAUUCCUUUUGGGUCUACUAUAUUAAGAAAAAUCAAUGGUCCUGUAUCUAUAGAAAUGAAAAUACUGGUGAACAGUAUUGGCACAUUGAGCCUUGUCCAAGGUUUGCACACCAACUUGUUUAUGACCGUGCCUCUAAGGUUCACUACUUAUUUGGGGGAAAUCCUGGACGAACGGGUUUGCCUAAACUACGAUUAGAUGAUUUUUGGAGGUUACGACUUUGCCAUCCCACCCCUCAGCAGCUUGACCACACAAUCAAAUUAAUGAUUCGUAAACACAAGUUUGUGGAACUUGCUUCCAAGGAUCGUUUUGCUGCUCUGGAGUAUUUACAGACUGAUCUUUCUGACAUAAUAGAUCACUCAAACAAAGAUCAAACAAAAGAGUUUCAGCAGCUGGCGGCUGUUCUGUUUCAAGGCUCUGAUAGCAAUGGUGAAUCUGAUGCAUCUGAUACACCUGAUUGCGAACAGUAUCGUCAACGAUCACAUCUCUUCCAUAAAUUAGGUGUCUUCUUUCCAUCUGGCAUGACUCAGCCACAAAGUAGUCUUAUUGACUUGAUUCCCUUAUGAACCUAUGGUAUCUCUUUGGAUACCAGUAUAGUGUCCUUCAACUUGCCAGGAUUUAAUUUUGUCAUUAAACCUAUAUUUUUUAGGUAGACUUAAGUCCACAAAACUUGUAUAUCGUGUAGUAUAUAUUUAAAUGGUAUGAAAAUAUUGUUGAAAGCUCUUACUCACUUGUUCCAAUCUCAUUUUAUGUAACUCUCAUGAAAUUCUUUAUUUUAUCCAGAGUAUAUUUUUUAAAUGUUGUCAGCUUCUAAUUGCUUUAUCUUUUUUCUUCUCCAGAGUGUAUAUAGGUAAUUGUGUUGACCCUGUAUAGAGUAUUCAAUUGUGAUGUGUCAUGAAGUGCAAAGUGUGAUAUACUGAUGUGAGUUUUCUGCAAUUUCUGUGGACUGUAGACUUUGUUUAUUUGAUAGGACUCUGACUGCACCGUAUGAAGACUGUGAGGUUAGAAGCAGACAUUAAGUAAUAGGUUUACUCUUAACGUUUGUUGUCUGGUGAUUUAUUUUACAGGGGUUGUGUUUACCGACUCUAAAGUGGUGCCUUGGCCUGUAUUUACAAAUAAGGAAGUGGUGUGGGCCUGUAGUCUAUCUCUCAGGGCUGUGAAAAAGAUAUUGUUGCAAGCUAUUAGGUAUUUCAUAAUAAAGAAAAUGUGCCACUGCUGUUAUUAUAAAUCUCAGGACAGUUUUGGCAAAUCGAUUUAGUCUCUAGCUUAUUUCCUUUGGGUGAAUUUAUCAUGAGUGUGUGCUUGGCUUUGAUUAUUAAUACUUUCUGUGCUGGUUUGACCACAAGACCAUUCAUACGUUAGGGUUCAAUAAUUAAAUUAAAGUGAAAAUUAUUUUAAAAUUAUUAAGGAUACCUUGGGUAAUACCUUUUUAGACUUGUAAAUUUUAUUAUGAAAUUUGGUCAAAAUACUAAUGGUUUUGGACAGGUUUUCUUUUAUCUGGUAUUAUUGACCUUGAAUAAACAUCUGAACAAAAUUCAUCAUGUAGUCCCGACCUUUCAGCAUAAGUAUUUUAGGUGGUUAAGGAGAUGAGUUUUUAAUUUUUAGUUUCAGACAUAGUAUAUGUAAGCAUAAUGAGAAAACAGGCAGCAUUAGUUCAUUGGGACCUGUCCUAUUUUGUAUUAAGUAAAGUUUUAUUUUUGACUGGAUUAUUUUAGUUAUUUUAACCAUCAGGGACUUAAACUAGGCACUUAACAUAUACUCGUUUGGUACUUUUGAUGGGUUGCUAUUGCUGUCAUAGCUCUGACAGGCCUUAUCCUGGUCUAUUGGUAGCAGCCCUUAUCAUCUUGCCCACCUGUCUUCUGUAUACUGUCUUCACCUUGUUUCUUAAUGUUUUGAUUUGUUUAUUCUCAAAAUGUUUGAAUCAAUGAUAAAUCAGUUUCAUAUUAUUUUUUACUUUUGCUUUUGUCUUCUGUCAUGAACGUUGGUUGGAUGCAGUUUUGUUUUGAUGUAUUUAUGUUUGUAGAUACUCAAGUAGACUUUUAUAGUAGAUUUGCCUCUCUGGGACAUGCAAAGGCUUUAUGACAAAAGUGAUCUCUUUCCCUCUCAUGUAAUAGAAUUAAAAUUGAGUUAAGAUACAGUUGUGGUAUGCCUGGUAUAUUUUUGUCUUCUGUUCUCUAUUUCAACUUAUUACUGUUGAGGUAUAUGACUAGUCACAUGUGCUUUUUUAUCAAGUAUCUUUCUGUAUUUACUUACUACUGUGACAGAAUUUGUGAUCAAACCAAAUUACUUACUAACUCUUUGAAGUUAGAAAGAACAAACAUCAUGUGCUUCUGAGAUACAAUUACAGACACACUGACAACAUUACCGGGGCAGUGUGAGUUCAUUACAAAUGCAGUAUUCCUUAUCUAUUUUAGAGACUCAUUUGGUUAUGUUAAACUGUUAUGUCUUUUGAGGGGAAAAAAAUGCAAGCAUGCUAGCUCUUCCAAAAUGUACCAAUUGUUCUAGUUAUGAAUUAAACUAGUUUCACACCAGUAAUUGGUACCAGGGUGGUACUGGGGCAUUAAUUGUUAUUUGUUUUGUAUGUUCAUUUGUAGUGUUUUUGUUAUUGGGGACUUUCUGCCCACUGUCAGUCAUUACGUUGAGAAGGUGGAUUUUAAAUAAAAAAUCAUGUCAUCCUUAUGCAUGCCUUUACUUAUAGGUGUACAAUGUAUGAGACAAUGACUGUUCAAUAAACACUUUUUAAAAAUA